AUGGUCAAGAAACUGGAAGUGCUGGUGCUCGGCGGCCUGCUGGGCGUGCCUUGCGUCAUCAUUCUGUCCAAGUGUGCAGCAUCGCCGUCUCUGUUUGCAGUGCACCCUGCAGCGAACGCCGUGGCUUUUCUAGUGUGCUUCCCACUGGGACUGUACGUGAUGCUCGAGCGAAAGCGUAUCACCAACUUUCGGACGCGAGUGCUCCUUGUCCAGACGCACCUAUUUUCGCACGUAGUUGCGAUGCUCUGUCUGAGUAUCGGCGGCGUGGCAGCUUUUUUGACCAAAAAUACCUUUGGAAAAGAGCAUUUGACGUCGACGCACUCGUGGGUCGCUGUCGUGACGUCGCUAUUGUCGGCGCUUAAUCUGUUUGGGGGCCUCGUUACCACUUUUGGGGGCAAGAAGACGAGAUGGCAGUGGAAGGACUGGAUGCACCGUGCCAAUGGCACUUUGGCCGUCAUGGCGGGAGGCUGCAGUGUCAUUCUCGGUAUCUACAGCGGCACGUGGGGUACUACGCAGCUGGGCGAGGACUUGCAGGUCAAAGUUGCCAGCUCAGUGGCUGCUGCGUACCUUUUACUGUUCCUAAAGGUGGCGAUGAACAGCUCUAAGACGUCGCUGACAAAGGUGAGCGACUGA